UCUCCAUGGCAGCGUUCAGUGGCUGAUCCACGCGUCACGCUUCAUCACUUCGUGCUUGUGUUGUGUGCCACUACAUGAAGGCAGCUGCUCGGAGACAAGCGGCCAGAUGCGGAGACGAGUGUGGUGCGCGAGAGUGCAUGCAGCCGCUGUACGUGCUGUGAUUUGACAAUUUGUGGAGGGCAGAUGCAGUUGGAGUGAGUCCAGGGAUGCUGCGGCGUUUCUUGCUGCCGGAGUGCCGCCGCGCAACGAGGGGCUGUGCCCCCAACUUCUGCUGAGAGAGGAGAAGCCGUUUUAAUUUUUACGCGUUUUAAUAACCCACGAUGGAUCACUCCCGGGACCUUUAAGCGUCCCCUGCGGUGAUCUCGCUCGCUGCUGUGGGGCUGUGGGAGUGCACGCUGUCUCUCCUCCCCAGCCUGCAGACAUGGGGAAUAGUUUCUCCAAUCUGGCUGCCUUCCAGUCCCUGCACAUAGUCAUGCUCGGCUUGGACUCUGCGGGCAAAACCACCGUCCUCUACCGGCUCAAAUUCAACGAGUUCGUCAACACGGUGCCCACCAUCGGCUUCAACACGGAGAGGAUUCGGCUGGGCGGCGCGGGGGCCUCAAGGGGCAUCAGCUGUCACUUUUGGGACGUCGGGGGCCAGGAGAAGCUGCGGCCCCUGUGGAAGCCUUACAGCCGCUGCACGGACGGCAUCGUGUACGUGGUAGACUCUGUGGACACCGAGAGGCUGGAGGAGGCUCGCACCGAGCUGCACAAGAUCACCCGGUUCGCCGAGAACCAGGGGACCCCGCUGCUGGUCAUCGCCAACAAGCAGGACCUGCCCCGGGCUCUGGACGUCGGGGAGAUCGAGAGGCAGCUCGCUCUGGCGGAGCUGAGCCCCUCAACACCGUACCACGUCCAGCCGGCCUGCGCCAUCAUCGGAGAGGGACUGGACGAGGGCAUGGACAAGCUGUACGAGAUGAUCGUGAAGAGGAGGAAGUCACUGAAGCAGAAGAAAAAGAAGCAGUGAUGCCAGGCUUUGGCUGGAUGAUGGCUAAUAAACUAUGACGUAUCCCAUCUAUAGAAACAGGAUGGAUUAAACAAAAAAAGAAAGAAGAAAAAACACCACAGAAAUACUGCAAGUCUCCAUAUAGGAGGAAAAUAUACUCAUAGAGAUGCAAAAUGAGCUGAAAAUGCAUAUCAUAUAAACUCAUUAGCAUCCAUACUUUCCUGUAGGAAUGCGUAUUUGCAGAUGAAAUCUAUAUAGUAUAUUCAUGAAUAGCAUAAAUUCAAAAAAAAAAGUCAUAUUAAAGUCAGAUUCAUGGGAAGAAUAUUGAUUGUUUACCUUGGUAGAUGACUGUUUUAAUGUUCUUCACAGGCAGUUGUGUCUGUGCACACUGUGGCUCUCGCUGCACUCUCCCUGAUGGAGGAGUAUUAAUAGGACUGUUUCAUUGGGGAUGUGUGUAUUGUAGCGGAGAUGUUUUAUAAAGUGUAUUGAUCCACUGGCAGAGCUCCCUGUUGCUGUGCUGUGCACAGAUGUGAGAAGGCAGCUGUAAAUGUGAUUAGGGAUGCACUCAUGCACAGAUCAGUGUUUAGAGCUGCGAGGUGGUGUUACACCAAAGAUGAUUCCCAAGAGAUGACACAGAAACUCUGCUUUGGUGGGGUUUUUUGUUGUUGUUGUUUUUUACAGCCUUCCCUGCCAAACUGAGAUAUAUAUAUACCUGGUAUGACUGGCUUAGGAGUAAAAGAAUUAAAUAAACUAUGUUAUAUAGAAUGCAUUUGAGCUAGGGCUGCUCAAU